GGCUCGUCCAUUUUUCGGUGUGAGUCAAGCACGUCGGUGGGGUGAUGCUACGGCGUUGGGAAGGGGCCGGGAGAGCCGCGGGGCGCGGUGGCCCGCCUGCUCGGGCUCGUACUUUAAGCUGUGCCGGCGCCGCUGCUGCCGCUGAGGGGAGCGCUGCUUCUUCCUUCCCCUCCCUCGCCAAGGCCGGCCCCAUGGCUGGGGGCGCUGGGCCUGCCUCCUCCCGGCCCCGCCGCGCUCCCUAACGGAGCAGAAACCCGCUCCCCGCCGACGGAGGCUGCUGCUUGCGGUCUGGUCCUGGCGUCGAAAGGGAAAGCUUGAGCUGCUUGCUUCUCCUGAAGCUUGGGAAAGAAGGGGACUACAGAGGGGCCAUCCUUGCAUUUCAUGUUUCGUCAGCCCGACGGCAUUUUGGCUUUGAUUCCGUCUUGCUCCUACCUGUUCCUCGAUAGUGACGGGGAGGAGAAGAGGUGCCGUCCCACCAUGUCUCGUUACAGCCUCCAUAAUCUCCUGGACUGGAUGUAUGGGGGUGUGGACCCCAGCUUUGCUGGCAAUGGAGGGCCGGAAUGCGCGGCCUUUCUCUCUGGGCAGCAGCGCUUUCUGGAGAGUUUGGUCUUCCUCAGCGUGGGCAUUGUGGAGAUCCUUCUGUCCCUGUGGAAGCUCAGGCAGCUGCCUUUCAGGGAGCUGGAGGGUCCUCUGCUGCAGCAGCCCCAGACUAAGCAGGAGAGCUUGGGCAAGAACGUGCUGCUGGUGGUGCUCUGUCUCAUUUUUGGGCUGGAGGUGGGGUUCAAGUUUGCCACCAGGACAGUCAUUUACCUCCUGAAUCCCUGUCAUGUGGUCACUAUGAUGCAGAUUUUUCUUCUCGCCUGUCCUCCAUGUCGGAUUGCAAUGAUUCUCUUCAGGUUGCAGAUGCAUAUGCUGAAUGGGGCCCUCUUGGCAUUGCUGUUUCCUGUUGUUAAUACGCGCCUGCUUCCGUUUGAAAUGGAAAUCUAUUACAUCCAGCAUGUGAUGCUUUAUGUUGUGCCCAUCUAUCUGCUGCGGAAAGGAGGUAUCUACACUCCAGAACCACUCUGCAAUUUCUGGUGGGCUCUUUUAUCCACGGGGUUUAUGUUUGUAUAUCAUUUUAGCAUCUUGCAGAUUCUGGGAUUGGUUACAGAAGUGAAUUUGAACAACAUGUUGUGCCCAGCCGUCUCAGAUCCUUUUUAUGGGCGCUGGUAUCGAAUCUGGGCAUCUGGACAUCAGACUGUCAUGACCAUGACUCAUGGGAAGCUUGUAAUCCUACUGUUUUACAGUGCAGUCCCCAUCUUUAAAUGUAGCAUGGACUUUCUUAGGCUCCCAGCUAAGAAAAUAGACUGAAAUUUCUCCCCACGGAGUAGUACAUACAGGAAGCAGAGAUACUUAUACUGGAAAACAAAGAGGAGGGAUGAGAGGACAAUGUCUUUAUACUUCUCCCCACAGUUUAUUGCCUCAAAAACACCUCUAUAAUCAAGUGAGGGGUGUUUUAACUGCUGUUUCUCACUGCCUAUUGCCAAUGGCAAAAUUAGUGGCCUUAUUCUGGAAAAGAUUCGUGUUUUAUACAUUUUGUGUAGAUUACAGUAGAAUCUUGCUAAGCCACCGUUUAAAAUUAGGCCAGGAUCUGUCCACAUUCCAGCAAAGAGAGUGGCAGUGCUACCUCGUUUUGACUUAUUUUCCAUUAAAUAUAAGUACACUUGUAUCAUAGAUAGGAAAUAAAGGUGAAUUCCAACACUCCGGUGAUGUGAACAGGAGACGUGUUGAAAUGCAUCAUCCUGGCUUAACUCUUAGCACUCGAAUGUUGCAAAAUGGUCACAGUGAAAUGAUGCACACUUAAUCUCCGGUCUUAAGUGCAAAACAGUGAGGUUCUACUGUAUUUUCUUUAAGCUGGUUGAAAAUGUUGGGGAACAAUAACUCAUUCAAAAAUCUUUUUAAUUGACUACUCAGUUUCUAAGCUGUUGUGGAUAAAUAUCUGGCUAAGUCACAUCAGAUCUUGAUGCUUUGGAGAUGCUUUUAUUUGAGUGAGUGGAAAAGCACCACAUGGAAAUAAUUCCAAAAGACCAUGGUACGUAUAAGCUAUGAUAAGAUAUUUCAUCCACUGCUCUGACCUGACUUUGAAUAAAAUGGGUUUUUUCACUUAGCUUAGACUGGAGAGGGAGUAGAGAUACGAAGUCCAAUGUAAACAUCAGAGUUUUCUUUUUUAACUUAGUAGCUCUUGAAACAUUCCUCCUCUACACUGAUCCUCACUCAGUAGAGUGAUUAGUGAAGGAAAAAAAAAAUGAAACUCUGUUCUCUCUCUACAGCUCUAAUACAUUCUGUAUACUGAUUUUAAAAUUCAGAUAUGAAAAGGAAUGUCAAAUCAGUGCAGGCCUCUACUGAAAAGAAAGUGUUCCAGUUUACUAGUAUGACUAAAUCUUCCUGUCAACAUGUCUUUUGGAGAACAGGAUGUAGAUAGGCAGAAUGAUAAAUAGUAAACUGCGAGUACCUGUUCAAACUUUCCGAGGCUAGAGGAGAAACUGUUGGGCAGAAAGAUGGGAAAUCUUGAGUGUGUUCCUCCAGAUAGUUACUUGUGAGUCCAUUAUGCAGACUGUUGUGUUUCAAGGCUGCAGGAAUUUUGUUGUACAAAAGUUUGUUGCAAUUUAUAGAUUCAUUGUGUUGUCAAAGCUGUGACUUGUAAGAUAAAACAAAACCAUCAUACCUCCUCCAGCUGGAUCACCUGAAGAUAGGUUCUGAAGUUAAGGUACAGUCAUUUAUACCUCAAGAGGGAAAAGUAAGAAUGAGAAGUAGUUGAACUUUAUUUUUUCCUUAAAGAAAAAAAUUCAUUGGAGAGGGAACAAAUGGCUACUUCAAAUAUUUUUACUCCAUAUGAUUAAAAAAAAAGUAAUCUCAAUUAGAAAUAUAUUGUCCCAUGUUCUAAUUUACAAACUGGCGUCUGGCUUUUUUCCAUGCCUCGCUGUGUGUAUAUAUAUACAUAAUAAAUAUACCAUACUCUUACAACUUGAGAACAUGUGACAUCUAUCUAAACUAUCCAUCAAACAUAUAUAGCUAGUCUGUUAUACAGACUAUAUGGUUCCUUGUGUUUUUAAGCAGAAUUCAAGCAGAGAAAGCCAAGCACCUGAUGAUGGGAACUACCAGCAAACAGAGCUCACUGGCAGUUGGUGAUCCUGCAAAUGUCUGAGUAUGGGAUGAAUUUCAUUGAGUAGUCUCGCUGCUGCCUUGGUAAAGCCGGGCAUAUCUUGCUUAAGUGGGGCCUAAAGAAAGAAUGCAUUCGUCUUGAAGGCCUGAAUCCCUCUGUGGAAGACUACUUAACGAGCUGCUGAAGUGAUAGGAGUUCUGGCUGGUUAUUUCAGCAAAUUCAGCAUUUCAUGAUGAAAUAGAGGAUGUUGCUGGGAGAUGCCAAGAUGCACAGCGCUGGAUGUUAAAGCAUGCCCCCUAUUAAUAUACUUCAUCUCCUAUGGAUAGCUGAACGAAAAGUACAGUGAUUCUUCCCUCCCCCUAGUUACUGUCAAGUGUAUCAUGGUGUAGUUAUUUACUUAAUUUGGCAAAAUGUCUUAUGGUGGGUUCAAUCCCGUUUAGAAGGAAUGUUUGGUAUUACAAUAGAAUGACUUUUAGCCAAAUGCUGUAAAUGUUAUAUAGCAUUAUUAUUUGCUUAACUUUACUUAUGUGUGUAUGUUGUGGGGUAUUUUGGUUUGGUUGGGGGUUUUUUUAAGAAUCUUUCCUGUUUAUUUUUUCUUCAGUAUAUUGUAGCUACUGGAAAAAAUUCUGAGUUAUGUGAAAGUAGCAGCUUUUUUUUUUUAGUCAUAUGCUUCAGGGCAUUCUAAACAAGUAUAAACCAGCUGCUGUUUGCCACCAUUGACUGCCUCUGGUCAAUUAAGACUGCAGAAGCAUUUAAAUAAGCUCAGGUGUCUCAGUGCAGGCUGUUUGCUUGGAAUGCAAAAUUUGUGAGCCCUUCUGGCUGACUUAAAACUCAGUGGCAGGAAUGGCAAUGUUAAAUAUAGCUAAGGGAGGGAAAACCCUGGGGCACUUUGGGGAAAAAAAAAAAAAGGAUUCUUGGUGUAGCUGUACCACUUGCACUGUUGACUCCGAUAGCAGGGCCACUGCAAGGGAUUGCUCCUGCCUUCCCUCCCACCCCGGGUCGUAGCUGUGUCUGGUGCUGGGCUGUGAGCCAUGCUUUUCUCUGUUACGCUGGUCCAGUUGUUCUGAGUCACACUAGAAAUUUCAGGCUUAAUUUGACAACAUGGAGUAUGCUGACAGAACCGCUCAUCAAAGCCAAUGGGACACUCGUAUUCCCCUUCCAGACCUCACCUGUGCAGGUUCUGGAGUUUGUUGAACUCUUCUGUACCAAUUUAAGUGGCUAAAAAGGCUAACUGAACACAGUAAUUCAGCAAAAAAAGUGGAGAGGUAAACUAACUACUGCACUCAAUAAGGAUUUUAGAAGUAUUGGAACUGCUUUUUCGACUCUUAAGAGCCAAAUGGCACAACUGGAGUCAGCCGGGAGGGAAGGCAGUGCAACGUGCACCUCUUUUUGACGGUAAGCUGCUGUACAGUAUUAGUGAAGCUGGCUGAGUUAGAAUACAAUCGUUUAGGUUUGAAAAGACCCUUAAGAUCAUCCAGUCCAACUGUUGCCCUAGCACUGCCAAGUCCACCACUAUACCAUGUCCGUAAGUGCCACAUCUGUGUGUCUUUUAAAUCCCUCCAGGGAUGGCGACUCCACCACUUCCCUGGGCAGCCUGUUCCAAUGCUUGACAACCCUUUUGGUGAAGAAUUUUUUCCUAAUAUCCAAUCUAAACCUUCCCUGGCACAACUUGAGGCCAUUUAAUCGCUUGUUACUUGGGAGAAGAGACUGACCCCCACCUGGCUACAACCUCCUUUCAGGUAGUUGUAGAGAGGGAUCAGGUCUCCCCUCAGCCUCUUCUUCUCCAGGCUAAACACCCCCAGUUCCCUCAGCUGCUCCUCAUCAGACUUGUGCUCCAGAGCCUUCACCAGCUUCGUUGCCCUUCUCUGGACAUGCUCCAGCAGCUCAUUGUCCUCCUUGUAGUGAGAGGUCCAAAAGUUAAAUUAUUCCCUCCCUCCCCUUGCUUCUUUUUGAAGGCUUUUUAAACUUAGCAUUUCAUUUUGGUUUAUGGUCUGGUGCUGCAAGAAACUGUUGUCAGCAUAACGGGCACCAGCUUCACAGAAGGUGAAGAACAGGUCAGAAUGGGUGCAGAAGGGGAACAAGCUUCAGAAGCUCAUGUUGUGGAACUUCUCCUCCUUUAUUCCUCAGCUGUCUCUGGUAUGUUCGGAAUAUGCAUCAGUCGGAGCUUGUUCAGUGCGCAGGGCACUGGGUUGAAGGGGAAAGCAGAAUACUUAAUCUCCACAGGGGUUAUUUAUUCUCUUCCCUGGCAGAGGCUGAUUUUGUUUUCCCUGAAUGGUUUAUUUAUAAUAGACAGUUAUGGUAUAUGGAUGGGUUUUUUUGGUUGCUUUUAUGCUUAUUUGUGCUGGAAAUUAAAGAGCAAAACUAUAAUGCUAUUCUUGAAAGUGAAUUGGCAUCGUCUCCUGUGGUGUUACGCAGACCAUCUCUGUCAAGAUAACUUGAAACUGUUGCCCAGUACCUGGUGAUGAGAUUUUACACUGCAGCAGUGCACCAUACGAUUAGAAGGGUAGUCCUGGUCCUCCCUGGUCAGAUGUUCUAAAUGUUUUGUCACAGUAACAGUUAUGAAAACAUUAGCCAUAGCUGUGGGGCAGAGCAGGACUGUACAGCCACUCUUCUGUCCAGCAGUGGCUGAAGCUGACUGUAAAAUCUCACCCUGACCUGGACUGAUUUGCUGCCCACUGGCAAAUUCUCGUGUCGUGCCGAUGCGCAGACCUCACAGAGAAGCUGGUAUGUAUUAAGGUGUUGGAACAGAGCCCUCUAGUCUCCUAAUGUUUAGUACUGUGGGCACUUCAAACAAAAGAAACAAGGAGCGAAGGAACUGACUAUUUUUUCUGCCAGUCAAUGGCUGUCUAAAUUUCCUGCCAAACCUACACAUAAAUGAAGCAUUAGUAACUACAAUAAAUUGUUUACUGAUUGGUUUGUUCGUGCAGCCUUACAGUAAGUAGUUCUCCAAAGCAGAAAAGUGAGCUAGUAAAAUUUCUGUACCCACUGUAACAUCUGGCAGUUCAGCCUGUGAAUAUUGAGAUUAUUGUGCCAAGGCUUUAGCUGUCCAGGAUACACGCAGCGCUAUUUUUUCCAAGGAUUCAGACACUGUAGCUAUUUGUUUAACUUCCUCCUAUUUAAGCACCAAAGAAAACUUUGCGUCUUGUUUCUUUUGAAGUGUGCUAAUUAACAGUUUUUGAUCGUGCUCGUUUAACUCAAUGAAAAGCCAGCGUCUGUGAACACACACCUUUACUUGGGUUUGAUUCAGCUUCUUGGGGCUUGACGAAUGCUGCUUAGCAGCAAAGCCUGCUUGUGCUUCAGCAGCUGCUGCCUUGCCGAAGGUGGGAGCCACGAAAAGUCCUUAAGCAUUUGCGUUUGUACCAUUUGCAUACCUUAAGAUUAUAGAGUACCUCAUUGUAGAGUUAUCUGUCUGUUCCUGGCCACAAUCAGGGGUUUGAUAUUUCUGUAUAUUUGAUACCAUCCUGUAAAGCCCAAUUGUUGGGUUUUUCUUUCAGAAAUGGCUAUUUGCAACUGUUAAAUUACUGUACUUGCCUGACUUACUUUCAUGUCCUAAGUCUUGCUUCUAAACCAUGGGCGUUUGUUUCCUAUGCAGCUACAGCUAAUGGAAAAUAGACAUGUGCUGGUUUUCUCACUGUUGCAAUUUUUUUCUCCUAGAAGGUGGAUUCUUAGGAAUUAAAUUGGUCCUAAUAGUUAGCAAAGCUCUGAAAAGGCCAAAAGCCAGGAAGAGGGCACCUGUCAGCCCUUCUGGUAGGAGGCAAAAGGUUUCUACAGGCAGACAGGUCAACUUUGAUGGUUCCAUUUUUACAGUGACAAGAUUCAUAACAAAUCUGUUUGAUUUUUGUGAUCUUGUACUCAAAGUGAUAUUGCUGUAAAUCUGUCUUGCAGCUUUUAGUGUAACUUAGUCAAAGCCAAGCUGGUUUGUUUGGGUUGUUUUUUUAAAUGAUUUUUUUUCAGGGUCAAUUUUGUACUUUUUUAAAAAUUAUUUCUGCAUUUACUGAGUCAUUAUCUCAAUGCUGCAGAGAACGCAGCGGGCAGAAGGACGAGCCUACCCACACCACUCACCAACCAACCUGUGCUUGGGCUCUGGGCUGAAGCACAAAGCCGGCUUUGGAAAUUUGCGGUUCCCAUUAGUUCAAGCGUGGUGUUACCCGGGCACAGAAUGGUAGGGUGAGGAUGGAGGUGGAGAGGCUCAACUGCCACGUAUGCUGUUAGUUCUGAAUAAUUUGUAAGAGUGUUAUAAAUUUUGUAAACUUUUUAAUGUGCUAAAAACUUGGUUAUGAGGUAACAUGUACAAAUAAGGGGUAAUUUGUGUACUUGUUUUUGUAUUUUGGUCUGAUGGGGUUUUGUUGUUGUUGUGGCCUAAGUCCAGAUUAUUGGGCAAUAGUUGUUAAACCUUUGAAUUAAAACAAAUAAAUGCAUUUUAAUGGA